CACUGACAAUCAGGAGCUGCUACACUGAGGCAAGUUAAGAAUGAGGCGGCAGCGGCCCACAAGUUACUGGGGGGCGGCAAAAGGCUACUCCGGAUAACUUUAAGGGCCAGAAUUCUGAUUUUGAAAUCAUAUAUUCGGCUACUCUAGUGCAGAGAGCACAAUUGAAUUCUACAGAAGAGACAAAGUAGUACUAGGGGGCAGAUUUAUCAAAAUGUGAGCUCACCACUUUCUUUUAAUUCUUAUAGGAUUUUUAGAAGCAUAUUUAUCAAAUAAUGUACUUUCAGUGGUAACUUUCACCCAUUGAUAUAUACACUUCUAAAAAUCCCUUGGAAUGAAUAAAGAAGUGUGUGAAUUCUUCUGUGAUGAGCUCUAAUGUCACAUUCUGAUAAAUCUGCGCCUUAUAAUUAAGAAGAAAGCUGUUAAGCUCAGCUGAAGUCCUACUGUAAACUCUACUGUAGAGCAAGAGGUAUAGCUAUUGGUACUGGAAGCCAUUAAACAUUCGUUGUUGGAAAGUAGUAAAUCCGUUCAAAGAAAUAUUCAGACAAAAAGUUCAGUUUUAAAAAGAAGUCUUUCUGCCUGUUCAUUGCUCCAGUGGUUCUUAAACUGUUCUGUUCACUUAAGAGCCUGGUCUGGUCUAAGUGGGCAGCUCCCCCAUACACCUGGCUCCUUCUGGUUUAACAUUUUGAUUUCUUUUGUAGAAAUGUCAACUUCUGGAGAAAAAAUCUCAAGGACCCCUGCAUUAUACCAGUGUCUACUAGUUUUUGUGGCUGUUAUUUUUCUCCAAAGCCUCCUUACCCUCUUGUCAUUCUGACACAUCACAGGUUAAGGCAGAGGGAGCUGCAUCUCCUGGGUCUUUUGCAAAAGGCCCAUUGUUAAAAAAGUAAAUGUUUGUAAAAGUCCCAGGCAUUUCAAACUGGUUUAUGUUAUUAUGUAGGUCAUUCAACUGUGUGAUUGGGCCAUGUGCAUAAUUGGACUGGGCCGGGGGGAGACCAGGAGAAAACCUGCUGGGUCCUGCAACCCCAGGCUGCUGUCUGCUCGGGAUAGGGACACUGGUUUGCGGUGGCAGUUGUUACUUGCAGAGGCAAGUGGUGGGGCAAUAUUGAGGGGGUAGGGAGGGGUUGGGCGACCUUUGAGACAGGGAUGUAACAUUGAAGUGCUGGCCCCUAAUGGGCCUGUGGUAGUCUGACAUUGGCAAAGUGCACAUGAAAACUGUUUAUAUAUGUAUUAUAUAUGUAUUAUAUAUAUAUAUAAUGUUUAUUUAUAUUUUCUGCUUAGAGACCACUGUUGCUCAAUCCCAGCCUGUACAUUUAGAGCCUAGAUUUUGGAUACAAAAUCAUCAGCAUAUCUGGACCUCUGACCCAGUUUUUUUAAUAAUGAGGUCUUCGAUCUGCUUCGUUGACUGUGCUUAAUUUUUAUUGUCUCGGUUCUUCUCAGCAUAAUUGCACCAACAGAAAAUUCAUGUGAUUGUGUUUGCCGUAAAUCUACAUUUGCAGGUCUGACCUCAGUCCAGCAGAGAGUCCUUCCCCGAUGAGAGCACAUAGCUAAGCAAGAAAAAGAAUUUACACAGCCUCAAACAAAUCUGGUUUGGGAUUUUAGGGAAUGGAGAACAAUGCUUGCAAACUUGCAAAAGUGCUCCAAAGGCUCCAGCAGAAUUGCACAAGAUUGCUAAAGUAUGGUGAAAAGAACCCGUGGAGACAUGGUAAUGGUCGAUAACAAAACCCAGUGUUUCCUGGCUAUCAAGUGUCUUAUGCAGCUUAUGGCAAAACCAGAGCCAAGACAUGAAUAAGAAAUCAGGGCAAGAAACACAGGGACAGGCCCAAUCCAAGUGACUAAAAGAACAAGUUUCCCCAAUGGGAUACAUCUGGCCUGAUUUUCUAAAGGCGUUGACCUCCAGUGCACAUUGGAACUACAUCUCCGACUGCAUCUCCACCUUACUGGGACAGCCAGCACUCUUAGCACCAGGGCCAUUCCUAAGCUGUCCCACUUUUAAUUCGUCUUUGAAAAAAAAAAAGACAUCAGGGCCACAUUCUCCAGAGUCCAGAAGAGUUGGAGAAGAUUCCUUUGCAUCACAGCAAGGACCUUUGACAUCAAUUGAGGACGUCCACAAAAUCCAGAAAAUAAACAUAUUGUACAGAAGAAAACAUUUCCAAACAAAAGGCCUAUCCUGGGUGGAUAUCUAUAACCGCAGUCAGUGUCAGCCUCGCUGGAUCCUUCUGAAUCUUCUGAGUGAAUUCCCUCACUACUCUGACUUUCUUUUCAUACCUCCCUGUGUGUCCGUCCUGCGCUGUGCAGGGUGCUGCCUGGAUGAAGCACUAGGCUGUACGCCCCUGCAGACAAAUAACAUCACAAUGCAGGUAAUCAAGACAAAGUCACUUCAGUCGGACCUAACGAAUUUAUCCAUUACCCAGCACGUGAGCUGUCAGUGCAGACCAAAGAACACUGUUCGACUGAAGGCUCACAGCAUUUAUAUAUCAGGUGAGAAAAAGGUAAAGAAACGGAGACGGAAAGGAAAGAAUGGAAAUGGAACCCCCCAAGCAGACGGGUCUCCUUGCCCCCCCUGUAACAAACACAGCACUCUGAACCCCAUUACCUGUGAGUGCAUUUGCAAUAUUACAGAAGAGAAGUGUCUUCUUCAAGGACGGCAGUUUCACAAAGAGAGAUGCAGAUGUGAGAGACUAAGGCGGUAAUAGUCAUAGAGGUAACAGCUGGACUUUUAGUUACAGUAGUAACAUACAAAACCAGGCGAUGCUCCACCCUGUGUGAUUCAAACAUUGCCCCCUCAGCUUUGGGGAAUAAUCAAGACGGUGAUCCUGAAACGCCAGCUUUACGUGCAAUAUUUUGACAUUCCUCUGCAAUAUAUACUCAUAGACAUUUCAAGGGCAAGCAAAUCUCUUUUUAUUUUUAUAUGAAGUGCAGCAAAAAGCAGAUGCAGAAGGGCUAAUCAUUGAUAUGAACUAUUUGCAUUCAAUGGUCUAUCCACCACCAGCAGAACAGAGAAAUCUAUUGACGGGGUUUUUUUUAUAUAAAACUGAUUGUUACAGUAUGGCGUGUGUUACAGAGAGAGCAAUAUUAACAAUUGUGCUUAUUUAUCCAUCUGUAUAUAUUUAUCUACUAGUCUGUCUGUCCAUAUAUCUUUUUGUUGCAAUCUUAGAGCUGUAUGAAUGUUUAUAUGUGUGUAAGAUAAUUUAUACAACAUUGUAUCUUUAUAAAUAUAUCCAAGUUGUUUUUUUUUUUUACUAUUUUGGAAAAUGUUGUAAAUACAUUUAUAAAUGCAUAUUGUGCCUCUAAUCUUUGUUGUUUUAUCACAUUUUAUUUUGCAGAAGAUAUGAAGAAUGUAACUUCAAAAGUCAUAUUAAUAGUACAUGUCAGGUUUAUAAACAGGGCUUAUCUUCUCUGUAUAAUAAAUAUGUGGCUAUAGUUUAU